AUGUCCGCAGGGCCAGGCCGGCACCAGGACGCCCGUCACACCCAGCCGGGAAACUUCUACUCAGACCCGGAUCCCAGAAUCCCCCCAGACUCACUUGGUGAUGUUCUGGUACAUUCUAGAACACCUCGGAAAAAUUCUAAAAAAAAAUUCUCUUACUCACCUCGUGAAAGGUACGGGCGGCUUCCACAUGGCAGCGGUAGGAUGCAGGUGUCCAUGAGAAAAGACCAGACUGUGUCCGAGGAGGAGGAGGAGGAGGAGGAGGAGGAGCUGGAGUCUGAGUCGGAUGCGGAGGUGGAAUGCGACCUGAGCAACAUGGAGAUCACCGAGGAGCUGCGCCGGUACUUCGCGACGACUGAGAAGCACCGAGAAGAGCGACAGUAUGCACAAGUAAUCAAAAUGCUGGGAAAUGGACGAUUAGAAGCAAUGUGCUUUGAUGGUGUAAAGCGAUUAUGCCAUAUUAGAGGAAAAUUGAGAAAGAAGGUUUGGAUAAAUACCUCAGACAUUAUUUUGAUUGGUCUCCGAGAGUAUCAGGAUAACAAAGCAGACGUAAUUUUAAAAUACAACGCAGAUGAAGCUAGAAGUCUGAAGGCAUAUGGCGAGCUUCCUGAACAUGCUAAAAUCAAUGAACCGAUAACUGGUCCGGAGAUGAUGAUGAAAUCCAGUUUGAUGAUAUUGGAGAUGAUGAUGAAGACAUUGAUGAU